CCCCUGUCUGUCUGCCCUGUAAUUGCGUUUCCAUUAGUGUCCACGGGGUGGCGACACGUGGCUAAUCAGAGCCAUGUGGCUCCUGAGAGCAGAAGUUUCUCCAGUGAAGUUUGUAGGAAAGAUUGCGCUCAGUUGAAGAGAGAGACAGAGAGGGGAAAGUGAGCUGGGCUGCAGUGAGGAGGAAAGAGACAGAAAGCCGCACAGACAACUUUCUUCCAGACUCUUUAUUUUUUGUUUCAGGGAUUUUGGUGCGCGUUUAAAGAAAGAGCAGCGGAAAGCAGAGCGAGACACUACUUGUAUUUUGAGUCAUUUUUGGAGGGGCUCGAUAUUACAUCGUGGUUUAAGUGGAUGUGAAAGCGGGCAAAAGUUUGACACAUAACCGGAGGAAUGUAUCCAACUCGGGCAGCGCCGAGCCAGCGUCUGUGGAGAUGUCCAGCCUGCGCGCUCUGGAUCGCCCUGCUCCUCCUGGACCUGACUGCGUCUGGAUCUGAGUUCCCCCAAGACUCUAGUGUGAUAGCUUCAAACUCGUGGAACACCUCUAAUGAUGGGACCCUCUUCAUCCGCCUGGAAGCUCCCAUGAACAACAUCACCACCUCCCUGGGCCACACAGCUGAGCUUUACUGUCGGGUGUCCGGCCUCCCACAGCCCGCCGUGCGCUGGCUGAAAAACGAUGCUCCGGUAGUGCAGGAGCCUCGACGAGUCUCGUACAGAUCCAUGCCGUACGGAUCACGCCUCCGCAUCCGCAAUCUUGACACCACAGACACAGGCUACUUCCAGUGCGUGGCCACCAACAGCCAGGGAACUGUGUCCACAAUGGGCGUGCUGUACGUCAAAUUCGAUCCACACCCUACACCUCUGUCAGGGAGGACAACGGAGUAUAUUGAUGAAGAGGGAUUCUGUCAGCCGUACAGAGGGAUUGCCUGUGCACGCUUCAUUGGCAACCGCAGCAUUUUUGUCGACUCGCUGCAGAUGCAGGGCGAGAUUGAAACCCAGAUCACAGCGGCCUUCACCAUGAUCGGUACAUCCAAUCACUUGUCCGAUCGUUGCUCCCAGUUUGCCAUCCCCUCCCUCUGCCACUUUGCCUUCCCGACCUGCGACCGUAGCACGGGGGUCGACAAACCUCGAGACCUGUGUAAGGACGAGUGCGAGAUCCUGGAGAAUGACCUUUGUAAGACGGAGUACAUCAUCGCCCGCUCAAACCCCAUCAUCCUGAAGAGACUGAAGCUGCCCAACUGUGAGGACCUGGCUGCCUCCGACAGCCCAGAGGCCGCCAACUGUCUGAGGAUUGGCAUCCCCAUGGCUGAGCCCAUAAACAAGAAUCACAAGUGCUACAACAGCAGCGGGUCGGACUACAGAGGGACGGUCAGCAUGACGAAGUCAGGGCGACAGUGUCAGCCGUGGAACUCUCAGUACCCUCACAGCCACACGUACCUGGCUCUUCGCUUCCCCGAGCUCAACGGGGGACACUCGUACUGCCGCAACCCUGGUAACAAACACGAGGCCCCCUGGUGCUUCACACUGGACGAGGGGGUCCGCAUGGAGCUCUGUGACAUCCCCAUCUGUGACCAUAAAGACAAGUCCAGCGGCAGCAACAUGGAGAUCUUGUACAUCCUGGUUCCCAGUGUGGCCAUCCCGUUAGCCAUCGCUCUGCUUUUCUUCUUCAUCUGCGUUUGCCGCAACAACCAGAAGACAGCCCGACCUCCGGCCCCUCGUCAGCCCAAACCAGUGAGGGGACAGAACGUGGAGAUGUCCAUGCUCGCUACUGCGUACAAGCCCAAGAGUAAAGCUAAAGAGCUCCCCUUGUCGGCUGUUCGUUUCAUGGAGGAGCUUGGAGAGUGCAAUAUAGGGAAGAUCUACAAAGGUCACCUGUACCUGCCGGGCAUGGACCAGGCACAGCUGGUGGCCAUAAAGACUCUGAAGGACAUCUCCAAUGUCCAGCAGUGGGGAGACUUCCAGCAGGAGGUAGCAGUGCUGACGGAGCUGCAGCAUCCUAACGUUGUGUGCCUGCUGGGCGUGGUUACUCAGGAGCAGCCCGUCUGUAUGUUGUUUGAGUUCCUGCCUCAGGGCGACCUCCACGAGUUCCUCAUCAUGCGCUCACCUCACUCUGACGUCGGCUGCAGCAGCGAUGAAGACGGGACGGUGAAAUCCAGCCUGGAUCACGGGGACUUCCUGCACAUGUCUUUACAGGUGAGUGCUGGGAUGGAGUACCUGGCCAGCCACUCUUACGUCCACAAAGACCUCGCAGCUCGAAACAUUCUAGUGGGUGAGCAGCUCCAUGUGAAGAUCUCUGACCUGGGCCUCUCCAGAGAGAUCUACUCCUCAGACUAUUUCUGCCUCCAGCCCAAAACUCUGCUGCCCAUCCGCUGGAUGCCCCCCGAGGCCAUCACCUAUGGCAAGUUCACCACGGACUCCGACAUUUGGUCGUUUGGAGUUGUGCUGUGGGAGAUCUUCAGCUACGGUCUGCAGCCUUAUUAUGGCUUCUCCAACCAGGAAGUGAUGGAGAUGGUGAGGAAGAGGCAGCUGCUGCCCUGUCCUGAGGACUGUCCGCCAAGGUUUUAUGGUUUGAUGACUGAAUGCUGGCAGGAAGGACCAGCACGUCGACCACGCUUCAAAGAUAUACACGCCCGCCUGCGAGCCUGGGAGGGAAUGUCAUCUCAUGCCAGCUCCAGCACGCCCUCUGGUGGCGGAGGCAACGCCACCACCCAGACCACCUCACUCAGCGCCAGCCCUGUCAGCAACCUCAGCAACCCUCGCUAUGCUGCUGCCGCCGCGGCUGCAGGGUACCUCUACCCCGCCCAGGCUAUCGCCUCCCCUGGCCAGAUGGGUCCCAUCCAAGCCUGGGCCCCCAUGGCUGUGGCCCAAACCCACCAACGCUUCAUCCCCGUCAACGGAUACCCCAUCCCGCCAGGCUACGCAGCUUUCCCCGCCCACUUCCCACCACCAGUCCCACCGACGAGGGUCAUCCAGCACCACCUCCCGCCUCCCAAAAGCCGCUCACCCAGCAGCGCCAGCGGCUCCACCAGCACGGGGCAUGUCAGCGGGGUGCCUUCAACCACUGGUUCCAACCAUGACGCCAACACGCCGCUGCUCUCACACUGCAUCAUGCCGGGGAGCGGGGGAGUGCCGAUUCAGAUGUACGGACAAGUUUCCCAGAAAGCAAUGGGACAGCUGGAUCACCCAUCGCAAACAUCGGCGCUGCUCACUGUUGAUUCUGACGUACUGAUGUACAACGACUCGAUCAUCACAGCAGACCUGUAGAUGAUUAGAGAGAUGCUCACACUAACUGCUCAAGACUCAGAGAAGUUUGGCUUCUCCUCCAGGGACUCAGUCUGACAAUUUGACUCUGGUCUCAAGGAGAUUUGACAGAAACUGGCCUGCACACACAUCUGAGUGUGCAACAAACACUGCCGCAGCCACACACCUAUACACACAGCUGUGUGACGUUUAAUGCCUUAUUGUUUAAAGCAAGUGUUCUUACUACCAUGGUUUGAAAAUGUUGUGCUUUUAUUUUAACCUCUGUGUAAAUACGGUACAUAAGUCCUGAAUGAGUGAAUGAAUGAAAUGCAAAGAUAUAUAUUCAGAAGAACUUUUUUAUAAAGGACCAUUUGUAAAGGUGAACAGUAGCAGGUCUGUGCCGUGUCCUUAGAAUGAAACAAAACUUUCCUGCAUCGGCGACAGCUGAUGGACUGUUUCAUGCAGGAUGUGAAGGAAUGACCUUCAGUGCCUCUCAUCAGUGGUGUGACGCGCUUGUUUUCUGGACACUAAAACACAAAAUGUGCAUUUGCUUGUACGUUUGAAAAGAAACUGCAUCAAGCAAUCAAAAAGGUGGUUUAACAAACGAGAGUUUCAGCUGUGUUCUCUAAGGUCAGCAUCACCCUCCUCAAACACACCCACAUAGGUGCUCAAGUGAAGUGCCUUAUCUUCUGGGGGUUCAUGUACCAGCCAUGUGAAACGUCUGGAACUGAAAUAGAAGUGCUGCAUGUGGUGUGUUGGUUUAAACGGUGUCCAGGCACAGAGAUCUCUUCACACAUUUCUGGCAGAUUUGACAUCUGAAUGUUCUUUUGUUCACCCUCAACAUGUCUGUUUCGCUGCGUGGACACAGGCCUCCGGGUUGAAGAACAAGCUGGGAGUACUUAUAUCUGUUGCCUUCAUGACUGAUGGAUUCAUCAUUUUCCCCUCAUACCUUUUGCCUUACACACCUUUCAAGCAGAGGACAGCCUGCACAUAUGAGCUGAUUUGGUCUAAGGGUAAACACUUCAGUCACAAGCUUAAAUUUUACACCUAGAGUAUUUUUUUUCUUGCAAAUUGGAUAUUUAAUUUGUUUACAGCAGCUUUUCACAUUUUUAUCCGCCAUCUUUGUCAUUUUUGUCCAUUAUUUUGAAUCUGUUGUGCAAAAUACACAACAAUCAAGACACUGAGGAAUGUAGAUAAUCAAAGCAGGAAGGAUAUGACCAGCAGUAAAAGUACUUUAAUAAAAACUCCUAUGAAUGGAAAUGUAAUGUGUUAAAAUGUAGGCUGCCUGAAAACAAGAACUAACUGGUGCUUAAUUCAACAAACGGGACCAGACUGUGUCACUGCCUGCAGAGACUUUUAAAAAUGUUGGUUUUAUUUGGUUCUUUAGAUAUAAAUUGAUUCUGUAGUUUCCUUUCUUCACAUUGGUCAUCCAAACAAGGGAAAGUGCUGUUUUUAAAAUCAAAAAGAUAAAUAAAUCUACCCAAAAAUAAUGGUAGUUUCUAACAUUACAGCCCUAUUUAAAAUCAAAUUUGCACCCUGGUUAAGAAAUGGUUCAAUAGAAGAGCUUCAGUGACAAAAGAGACAAUCACUGGUUUUGAAUGUUUGUUAAAGUGUCCCUCGCUGUGUGUUUGUGUUGCACACUGUAUCUGCCAAACAAGCAAACAUUGAGCACAACAUGAGGGCACGGUUCACUGUGGAUGUGCAGGGAGUAAAACAGUGCAAGUCAUUUUGUUUCAUAAUGUUCAUAAUGUUUCAUGCAGAAUCUGCUAAGUUGUUGCAGCCUGUUUUAAGAAGUUAGGCGAGGAAUUUUAAAGUCAAGGCUGAUGCUGCCCACAUACACAGAAGGGAGUAAUCAUCCCACUGUUUUCCACAAAGUGAAGCAUGAACUCAGUUUGGUAUGAGAAAUAUCAAAGCCCAGGUAUCAAUAUCAGAUGUGUAUGCAUGGAUAAAGAUGACAUUUAUGGAUUAUAGUUAAAAAAUACUGUUCACAUCAAUGAAUACAUGAUUCAUUGUUCACCUUUGACUUCUUAAAUCAUAGUAAAGGCAUAAACAGCUGCCACAAGUCCCCAUCAAAAGGAAGUGAUGUCUGUAAGUAAACUAAGAGGAGAUCUUUGUUUCCACGUCAAAUCAUUUUGAGUUGUUUAUUUAAAAGUCUGUUGUCUCCGCCCUUCACCUUUUCUUCCUACCUUGGCGUCUGACUCUCAAGCAUGUAAGAGAUUGAUGUGUACUAAAACCACUGCUACACAAGACUGUGAAACUUUAUCAAGUCUAAUUAAAAAAGAAACAUGAUAUUCUGUUUUUGUUUCAUUUAAGUUCAACUUUUACUAAAAUGAAAUACAAAUGCGUCUAUAUUUCAGUAACAGUGUAACGACAACAGAAGGUUUACAUGCUCAUCCUUUUGACCAAGAGAGGCCUUGUCUUUGUAUUUUUCUGAACAUUUUUGCACAGAUGUUUUGUAUUGCAGAAUCAUUUAAUAAAUGAUGUUGUUUGGUUAA